AUGUAUUGGCAUGCUGCGCAUGCGCAUGAAACACCACGCACGUGGAGCAAAACAAGGCAGGAAGAAAUCGGUACACAAAUUGCGUGUUCUUUCAAGAAUGAAGUAGCAUUCGAAAUAGCUGAAUAAACGCAAAGAAAUAAAUGACUAUGGCGAAUAAAAAGAAGGUAAAGGCUUAUGUGAAAAAGAAACAUACGCCAGAAAGUAAAAUAAUCGAGGCGCUGCAGUCCAAGUAUAAUGCUAUAGACGUUACGAAGACAACAAAGUUCAGCGAUCUCCCUUUAUCGAGGAUUACUCUAAAGGGUUUAACGGAAAACAAUUAUGUCGAAAUGACAGAUAUUCAGAGACAAAGCAUUGGUUUGGCUUUGCAAGGCAAUGAUAUUUUAGGAGCUGCGAAAACUGGCAGUGGCAAAACAUUGGCUUUUCUCGUUCCAGUUUUAGAAAUCUUAUAUUGUAAACAAUGGGCAAGACUGGAUGGCUUGGGUGCAUUAAUUAUCACGCCGACAAGAGAGCUAGCAUAUCAGAUAUAUGAAACGUUGCGGAAAGUGGGUCAGCACCAUGAUAUUUCAGCGGGUUUGAUUAUAGGAGGAAAGGAUUUGAAAUUCGAAAAGAAACGUAUGGAUCAGUGCAAUGUGGUUAUAUGUACGCCAGGGCGUUUGCUCCAACAUAUGGAUGAAAAUCCAUUGUUCAAUUGUGUAAAUAUGCAGAUAUUGGUGUUGGAUGAAGCAGAUCGUUGUUUGGAUAUGGGCUUUGAGAAGACUAUGAAUUCUAUUAUUGAAAAUUUACCACCUAAAAGGCAGACCUUGCUGUUUUCCGCAACUCAGACAAAAUCUGUAAAAGAUCUGGCAAGGUUAAGUCUUAAAGAUGCAUUAUAUGUAUCUGUGCACGAGCACUCUGUGCAUACAACACCAGAAGGUCUACAACAGAGUUACAUUGUGUGUUCGUUAGAAGAUAAAAUGGCGAUGCUGUGGUCCUUUAUAAAAAAUCACAUGAAACAGAAGAUCAUUGUGUUCUUCUCUAGCUGUAAACAAGUAAAGUAUGUGUAUGAAGCAUUCUGUCGAUUGCGUCCUGGUGUCAGUUUAUUAGCGCUUUAUGGCACACUUCAUCAGCUAAGAAGAAUGAGUAUUUAUGAAUCAUUUUGCAAAAAGCAGCAUGCUGUUUUAUUCGCAACUGACAUUGCUGCUCGUGGAUUAGAUUUUCCUGCUGUAAAUUGGGUAAUUCAAAUGGAUUGUCCAGAAGAUGUUAAUGCCUACAUACACAGAGCAGGCAGAACUGCCAGAUUUAAAAGUGGCGGCGAGUCUCUUUUGGUAUUGUUACCAUCCGAAGAAAUGAUAAUUGAGAGACUCAAACAACGUAAAAUCCCAAUAAAUAUGAUAAAGAUUAAUCCAAAUAAGCUACAGUCGCCGCAUCGUAAGCUUGAAGCUUUGUUGGCGCGAGAUGUAGCAUUGAAAGAAACAGCUCAGAGAGCUUUUGUAGCGUAUGUUAGGUCGGUUUUCCUAAUGAAGGAUAAAGAAAUCUUCAAUGUGCAUGCAUUAAAUACGGAUGCAUAUGCCAAAUCAUUAGGUUUAGCUAUACCUCCGAGAAUUCGAUUUUUACAAAGAAUGCAGAAGAAAAUGUCAACUAAUAAUAAUGUUAAGAAUGAAAAAGGAAUAGAUCAAAUUUCAACUAAUUCGAUAGAUGACAACGAACAGGAAGAUAGUGGAGACAGCUCUGGUGAAAAUAUUCACAAUAAUAAAAAUAAUAACGAAAAAGUAGUUACAGAAGAGGACAGUGCUGUUCUUCAAUUUGAUGAUAGUGAUGACGAAGAUAUAUUAACUAUAAAGAGGAAAAAUAUAGAUAUCGAUGAUAUUCCAAUGACAGAGAAUGAUAAAAAAACUUCGAACAAAAAGAAAGCUGUCACAAAAGUCGCAUUGGCUAAGAAGAUUCUAGGAAAAAAGUUGUACCCAAUAAGAACUAUGUUCGACGAUGAGGGACAAGAAUUAAUUGAUUCUGCCAAGAUGAAAAUGUCGGAAAUAGCACGGCAGUACGAAAAUGAAAUCGAUUCUGGUAUUAAUAUCGAGAUGGCUAAGCAAGUCUUGCGCGAGGAGGAUCAAUACGACAAGCGAAGAUUCAGAGAAAAAGAAGAAAAACAUAGAGAAGAAAAGAGAAAAUUGAAAGCUGCUAAAAAGACUGAGACAAAUAAAGAAGAGGGUGAAGAUGCAGGCGAUAAUCAUGAUAGCGAAAGUGAGACUAAUGAUGGUCCGGAUCUCUCAUGGUUACCUGAUCCAGAUAAGAUAUAUGGCAAACAACAAAGUGGAGACGAAGAAGCGUCAAUUGUUAACGAGUCUGAAGAAGAUGAAGAGUCUGAGGAAGAAAGCGUGUUUCACAGGCCAUCCAAAAGAAAAUUGAUGACGCAAAAAGAACAUAAAGAAAUAAAGAAGAAACGAAAAGUAUCGGAUAUUGCCGAUUUACAGGCUGAUGAGGAAUUAGCAUUGCAACUGUUGCAGAAUUAGUAUCGAGUGCAUAUUUAGAGAAAUGUAAAUUUAUACAUUUUAUUUAUACGAAUACGGCGGGAUAUAUACACUUUACAACGUAAUGAUUAUCUUAACAGUAAAGUGUAAUUUUACAUUGUGUCAAAGUUUUAAAUUCAACUAGAUAAAAUUGUACUAAGGCGGCAUAUACGAAUAUUUGUCGACUUAAUAAAUUAUGAUCAUAUUUUUUUACACAGACGCGCAAGUGUCGGUGAGUAUUCUUGUAAUGAUAAUAAUACAAUAUAACAAGUACUUUACAUUU